CAGUCUAAAUGUGCGUCAAAGGCAACAGUCGCUGUGAUGUCUACUACAUAUUCCCCGAGCAAGCCCACUACGCGGUCCAACCCCAAAUCACCUACGGCAUUGUCCGUUACCACAGCUGUUUCUACUGCCACUAUCGCCGCCUCCACUACCGCAACCACUCCCACAGAUCCAGAUCGCACAGCUGAACAUGAGUUGCGACGACUUACGGAAUGGUGCCAGACCCGACUCAGCACGAUGCCGAUGCGAGAGAAAGUGGACAUACCCACUUUGGUCGAAUUAUUGGCGACACUGGAUGCUCCCUACGAGGUGGAACGUAUGGUUCACACGUUUCUGAACGAGUCUACACGAACCAGCCUGUUUGUGAAAGAUUUCUUGGAUCAGCGGCGCCCCUUCUGGCAGCUACAUCGUGAGCGCCGUGAGAAGGAAUCCGUGCUCAAGUCCGUCUCACAAUCGGACGCAGCCAAAGAGACCACGUCCCGCUGCAACGACAAGAAGCGCUCCAGCAUUGGUCAUGGUCCAGGGGGCACCGUGCCCACUGGGUGCAACGGUGGAGCGGGCUGGACAAAAACAGGGGCGAUCCAAAUGACUGUUGCUCAGGACACGCAGUGGCACCACAUCAAACCGAAGGGGAAUCACAAUCGGAGGGGCAAGAAGGACAAGUCAUCGUAGCAGCAACUACAAGAAAUUUUUUGGAAACCUAUUUUUCUUCUUUUUUUGCUUUCUUCUGAUUUCUAUUUCUUUCUUCUCUUACGACCACAAAACUGUUUCAGGUCACAUUUUCUACCCCUUACUCGCCACCAACAUCCCCCCUCGUUUCUCCCAGUAUUCCCCUAUCUGUCAACUCUUCAACCCGUGAAUUGUGUUGCCUGAGGGCAAGUGUCCUCGCGUAGUCACUUGACUUCUCUCUAUGUGACGGCCAUUUCUCACGUAUGUUCAACGGACACGAGAGCACUCACCUGUGAUUGAUCUCAUUGCUUUCCUCGAUCAGAUGUGUGCCAGAGUUUUCCUCUCCAACAGCGUACAGCUCUGAUGAACGCCAUGUGCUCGUGUAUGGUUGCGUGCGCGUCCCCCUCAAUACGUCUCUCUACCCGGGUCUGUUUUGACUUGCACAUUUGAGCGUCUGUGUGCUCUCUUUCAUGGGUGCGCUUGGUGGUCUGUGUAUAGACCUAGAGAAUUUGGCCCUCUAUUGUGAACGUCUGUCAUAUGUAUAUACUUACCGCUGCAAUACAACAUUAAUUUGCAA